CUUAAGAAGUACGUGUUUGCGUUUCAGUGUAAGCCCAUACAGCAUACAGUUGCUGUUUCCGCCGUGGUAUUUGUGACUCCCCUUCCACUUUAACUAAAUAAAUCAAAUUAAGAGCUUUGUUGUGCUCAUAUCGGGUUAAACAAGGGGAACAAAACGGAAGAGGCGCAACAUCGAAUCAACGGAUCGUGUUAGAACCAAAAUCAGCGCAGCAAAUUUGUCGCACACUUUCCACCAUGGCCAGCGAGCAAACAAUUGAGGGAGCAGCAGUGAGCGGCGGUGACGAACCCUUCCUGGGCCUGCUGGACGUGGCCCUACUGGCGGUACUAAUCGGCGGUGCCGCAUUUUACUUCCUUCGCAGCCGCAAGAAGGAGGAGGAGCCGGCCAGGAGCUAUUCCAUUCAACCCACUACAGUUUGCACCACCAGUGCGGCUGACAAUUCAUUUAUUAAGAAGCUAAAAGCCUCUGGGCGCAGCCUUGUUGUGUUUUACGGCUCGCAGACCGGAACUGGAGAGGAGUUUGCCGGCCGCCUGGCCAAGGAGGGUAUUCGUUACCGUCUGAAGGGCAUGGUUGCUGAUCCCGAGGAGUGCGAUAUGGAGGAGCUGCUGCAACUAAAGGACAUAUCUAACUCAUUGGCUGUUUUCUGUCUCGCCACUUACGGUGAGGGAGAUCCCACAGACAACGCAAUGGAGUUUUUCGAGUGGAUCACCAACGGUGAUGUCGACCUGUCCGGGUUAAAUUAUGCGGUCUUUGGGCUGGGUAACAAGACAUACGAGCAUUACAACAAGGUAGCCAUCUACGUCGACAAACGGCUGGAGGAACUGGGCGCAAACCGAGUGUUUGAACUAGGACUGGGCGAUGAUGAUGCCAACAUUGAAGAUGAUUUCAUUACGUGGAAGGACCGCUUCUGGCCCGCCGUAUGCGACCACUUCGGAAUUGAGGGCGGCGGUGAGGAAGUCCUUAUCCGCCAGUACCGUCUGCUGGAACAGCCGGAGGUGCAGCCUGAUCGUAUCUACACUGGAGAGAUUGCCCGCCUGCACUCCUUGCAGAACCAGCGCCCGCCAUUUGACGCCAAAAAUCCUUUCCUGGCACCUAUUAAAGUUAAUCGCGAGCUUCACAAGGGCGGUGGCCGCUCCUGCAUGCACAUAGAGUUGAGCAUCGAAGGAUCAAAAAUGCGGUACGACGCUGGCGAUCAUGUGGCUAUGUAUCCUGUUAAUGAUAAGAACCUUGUGGAGAAACUCGGACAGCUGUGCAACGCCGAACUGGACACUGUCUUCUCUCUGAUUAACACCGACACUGAUAGCAGCAAAAAGCAUCCGUUCCCAUGCCCCACCACAUACCGCACUGCAUUGACCCACUACUUGGAAAUUACCGCCAUACCUCGCACACACAUCCUCAAGGAGCUUGCCGAGUAUUGUACUGACGACAAGGAAAAGGAGCUGCUGCGCAGCAUGGCCUCCAUUAGUCCGGAAGGAAAGGAAAAGUACCAGAGCUGGAUUCAAGACGCCUGUCGCAACGUGGUUCACAUCCUGGAAGACAUUAAGUCCUGCCGCCCACCCAUCGACCACGUUUGUGAGCUGUUGCCGCGCUUACAGCCCCGUUACUAUUCCAUAUCGUCGUCGGCUAAGUUGCACCCCACUGACGUCCACGUUACAGCCGUACUAGUGGAGUACAAGACUCCCACUGGACGCACAAACAAGGGCGUGGCUACCACUUAUCUGAAAAAUAAGCAACCCAACAGCGGCGAGGAAGUGAAGGUGCCUGUGUUUAUUCGCAAGUCGCAGUUCCGACUACCUACAAAGCCAGAGACUCCAAUUAUAAUGGUAGGCCCCGGCACUGGUCUUGCGCCUUUCCGCGGUUUCAUUCAAGAGCGACAGUUUCUGCGAGAUGAGGGCAAAACGGUGGGCGACUCGAUACUCUACUUUGGUUGUCGUAAGCGCAGUGAAGACUACAUUUACGAAACUGAGUUGGAGGAAUGGGUCAAGAAGGGCACACUGAUCCUUAAAGCUGCCUUUUCCCGGGAUCAGGACAAGAAGGUGUAUGUUCAGCACCUGCUCGAGCAGGACGCAGAUCUGAUAUGGAACGUGAUUGGCGAGAACAAGGGACACUUCUACAUUUGCGGGGAUGCUAAGAACAUGGCGGUGGACGUUAGGAACAUAUUAGUACAAAUUCUUUCCACCAAGGGUAACAUGAGUGAGGCUGACGCCGUGCAGUAUAUCAAGAAGAUGGAGGCUCAAAAGCGCUAUUCGGCCGAUGUCUGGAGCUAAUCUGGUCCAUAAGUUAACCUAUAAGCAUAAAGUUUUCUAGUUAAUUAAGAUAUGUAAGCGUAAUUUUUGGUUUGGGAACUUCUUGCUGCAGUUCAACAAACAAUGAAUGAGUAACGAUUAAGAAUAACUAGUUUAAAUGACACUCUAGUUAGCUCCUGGACUGUUCAGUGGGGCAAGCUAAGACGGAAUCUAAGUAACGAAAUGAGCGGAGUAUCAAGUUAUCGAUUUAAGUAGCUUUGUACAAUUGCAGAUUAAUUCGACUUUUUUAGGCAUUUUAUUUUGUAUUUUCUGGGUGAUUUCAAAUACAAAGCAUGUUGUGCAAUUUUUAAAAUAAAA